AUGUAUAAAGGGGACAGACUCGGCAGAGAAAGACUGCACUGAAGCAGAGAUUUCAAAACCACAAGGAUGAAGAAGAUCGCAGUCCUGAUUUUGGCGUUCAGCUGCUGUCUGUGUGAAGCACAAGUUAAUGAAAACAAUGACAAAGUCUAUCAGUGCUUAGGAUCGACCAGCUGCUGUGACGUCUGCUCCCUCACUUCCAUAACUCAAAACCUGGGAGCCAUGGGAGAGAAAGUCACAAACAUGGCGGAAAAAAUAACACUCCUGGAGGCUAAGUUGCAAAAUACUGAAAAGGACGUCCUGGAGCUGCGGAGCCUGACUGGAGGCACACCUAAGGUGGCCUUUUCUGCAGCUCUCAAGGAGUCUGGCUCUGGAAACACUGGACCGUUCACCACCGCUACCCCACUGCAGUAUAAGAGGGUCUUCUCCAACACUGGCAAUAGCUACAAUCCUUCAACAGGCAUUUUCACAGCAACGGUCAAAGGAAUGUACUUCUUUCGAUUCUCCAUGUUCAACAACCUCAAUCCUGUUCCCAACUCUGUUGUGAGCCUCAUGAAGAACAACGUACGGCUGGCAUCUGUCUGGGACACUUCAGGGUCUGAUGGCAACGACAUGGGCAGCAACGCUGUGGUCACCCCCCUCGAGGUGGGAGACAAUGUGUUCGUGGAGCUCCAGGCGAACAGGGUGGUGUAUGACGAUGGCAUGAACUACAACACCUUCAGUGGUUUUCUGCUCUUCACCACAUAAUUCAAGAUUUCAGGUCUGCGUCGCCCUUCAUGCUUUUACAGUUAAAGGAAUAUCUCACUUUUUUAUACUGUUAACUGGUCGUUUGGGAAAUUGAACAUGUGAUAAUAUGAUGAAAAGAUGAUGUCCUGUGUAUUGAUUUAAGAGUGAAUUAGGAAAUGCAAAUGCAAUUUGUUUGAGACUCUGUAUCCAUGACGUCUGGAUAUAACAUAAAUAUCAAGCUUUCUUUGCACAA